UUACAAAUAAGUAUUGAUUUCACUUCAAACUUGGUAAAUAAAAUGUAAUGUGCCGUACUGGUAGGCUACGUUAAUGAGCGACUUCCACAAAAUGUAGGUGUUCUAGGCUAAUUUACUGAUAUAAGAACAUUCCUUCAGCUUAAAAAUUUCCUUAUUCUGGCAGACCGAACUCAAGCCAAAGCUUAGCCAAACAGAUACAAUUUGAUUUGUUUCUUUUGGUUAGCCAGACUCCAGCCAGAGCUUAGCCUAGUACUGUUUGACACAAGAGUGUGAAAAAAACAGUGCCAGAAUUAAGCCAGAAGUGCCGAAUAUAAGCCAGACUCGGCCCAGACUUUGUUGCUAUCUGGGUAGUUGUAGCCUAUUAGAAAUUUAUUAGGCCGUUACUUAUUAUAAAAAGUAGUCUAUAACAAGAACAUUAGGCUAUUAGCUGCUAGUGAUAAUUAUUUGAUUUCAAAAUCAGUUGAAAAUGUUGCUUAGGCUACUAUAAAAGAAUGCUACGUAACGUUAAAGUUAGCCUAUAAAAUCACUUGGCAGAAAAAAAAUGUAGUUUUGUUCAAUGUCAGCAAAACAGUUGACUAUUAAUGGGCAUUUUGUAUAUUGCUGUGGUUGCAGUUUGUUAAAAACAACGUUUAUCUUUUUUAUUUCUCAAAAUGAAUUCUCUAUUCAGGCGAUAGGCUAUAUCUACAUGGAGUUUCCAUGGAUAAGAAACAGCUCUGCUUUUCAUCAGAUGCUUCGGGCUUCUGGACAAUCUGAAGUCUGGUAUGAUUUUACUGAUGAGGCGAAAUUCAACCAGUACGGAUGGCGAUCCUCAACGAAAGAAGACUCUUAUUCAAAUGCAACCCUCAUCGGUAACUGGUCGGAAGAGAGGUUUGACACUCGCCGGACUGUGGCGUUACGACGCCCCCUUCCGCACCAGUUCUCUCACUAUUUUGAAACCACAUAUUAUUCCAGCUACAAUAAACCUGAUGUUCGGCCGAUUUACUCAACACCAAAGAGAGAGUCAAGAAGCUUCCCUGGCCACCAACCAGAACUGAACCCUCCACACACUAAGUGUGUGCCAAACUCCUGCAACAGACUGGACUUCACAGGCCCUCAACAUAGAGAAGAAAAGACAGAGGAGACUUCAGAGCCACAGUGCGGAUAACAACCCUGCUUAAAUGAAAUCAGCUUCAAUAUCACUGACUUCUGUGAGUGAUCCAUAGUCAAGUAUUGAUUUGUUGAAUUUUUCUGAAGCAUGUGUCUAUUUUUUUUUCUUGUAUAAUCAUGUUAUAGCCUACAUAACCCAUGAUGAUUAAUUUCCCAUAAUUUUGAGGUUAGAUUUUUUUGCAUCUUAAUUAUAUUGCACUUGCUGAUUUACCUCGAUUCAUGGUGUAAAGUCAAUAAUUUUAGUAAGCACCUAUACUUGAGUUUAAAAUGAGUUUAAAAUUUCAACAUACUGUAUUUUUUAGUGGCAUAUCAAAUAUCUUCCAUCCUGAUACAUUCUAAAAUAUUUGAUCAUUUUUACAUGUAUUAACAUUUAAAGAUAACUGUGUAAAAAAGAUGACCAGCCAUGCAUGAGAAAGUCUACCAAGAUUAUCCUUAUCAAUGGAUUUUCUUUUCUUUUCUUUUUUAAUAUUUGUGUGAAUCCAGUAAAUCUCACGUGUUUAAUUCA